CGGGUGAUUUUAGUUGACCAUAGGAAAUACGAGCUUGCGUGUAAUAUUCUGCCAUAAGGGUUUGAUUGAAUAAGCUCUCUCUCUUGCUUCCCUGCUUGGCUAUACUCAGUUGACCGUCUCCUUUGCUGUGGUCCACUGUCCACUGUUUCCUUUGACAUAGAAGGCAUGAAAGACGAGGUGUGGUGUGUGUGUUGCUGGACGACACGCCAGUGUGCACUGUCUUGGGUGAGAUAGGACAUUGUGUGUGUAUGUGUGUUUGCAUCUUUGUGACCCAGUCUCAGACCUCUCCUUGCAGCUGCCAACACCAGGUAUGAAGACCCGUUUAAUAUUCCUUUGGCUAUUGGCCUCAGCAUUUGCUGUGUCUGUCAAAGGCAAACCUCACGACAAACAUGAAGCUUUGUCCAAGUCCUCACACAUAGCUAAACAGAAGAAACUUUUCAUUUCGUUUUCCAAGGACAUUGUUCCAGAUGAGGUCAAUGAGGGGGAGGUCCUGCCAACCUUCAUGACCUUUGAGUCUAGCAGUCAGGAGCAGGAGGACGAGGACAUAAGCUAUAAGGACAAUGCUAAUGUUAAUGUGGGUCCCUCCAAUGAGGGAGGGGUGUUUGAGGUGUCCGACAGUGGUGAGAGGCGCACCCCCGUCCUGCUGAGAGAUAAGGCACUGGUGGACCUCCUCCAGGGGGAGUCAGAGGUGGAAGAGGAGGAGGAGGAGGGAAAGAUCGAGUCUGAGGAGACACAGUCUGAAGAGGAGGAGGAGGGAGAAGAAGAGGUGGGAGACUUGGAAAAGGAGCAGGAAGAUGAGGAGGUGGUAGAGGUGGAUGUGGAGGCAGAGAAAGAGGCGGAAAAGGUGAAGGCGAUGGAGGAGGAGUCAGUUGAGGAUGAGGAGAAGAGAGAGAAAGAGGACGAGGAGGAACAUGUGGUCGGGGACAGAGGAGUAGAGGAAGAGGUUCAAGUUGAAGAGAUGGACAGCAACACCGAGCCUGAGAUUCCAGAGGAUCUGGACUACGCCAGCGACAGUGACAACACAGAGCCUCUUGAAACCGAGCUUGAGGAAGGGAAACCCCUCGCCGAAGACGCCCAGUUCCUUUCAAAUAAGAAAGUGGAGGCCGAGGUGGAGGAGAAAGAAGAACAAGCUAGCAAGGAGGACGAAAUCCCCACUGCCACUGAUGACUAUGAGUCCCAGCCAGACAUACAAGAAGCCGAGUUCACUGAGAGCCAGGAAGUGCUCGGCCAGUACAAGUACGAUUCCCAAGAAAAGGGGACCAAUAAAAAGGACGCAGACACAGACACUGAACUCCAAGAGACAAAGAACAGUGUGGAUCUUGAUGGGACACAUCUUUCAGUAGAAGGGGGAGAAGAGAAGGAGGAGAAGAACAUAAACAAGAGUGCCAGUCACACCAGAGGCAAAGCCAGGAAGCAGAGGAAGAACCAGAGAGUGAGGAAGCACCCCCUACAGAGGGAUGAGGCCCCACCAGGAGAGGGAGUCCCAGACCACCAGGGGGAUGAGGGUGUGAAGGAGCACUACCGCACCACCGACAGUGCUGUAUACAAGCCCAAGAGGAGAAGAGCAGGGAAAUGGGCUCCUCUGGUGGGAAUGAACCCGGUCCAGAUCAGGGCGACAGUGGACCUCUACCCCAGCACCAGGCCCUCUUUGGCGGCCAGCCUAUACAGACCCCAAGCAUCCGCUGCCGACCCUUGUGAGAACUUCCGUUGUAAACAUGGAAAGACCUGUAAACUCAACAAGGAGAAGAAGCCUGUGUGUGUGUGUCAUGAGCCUUCUGCCUGCCCACAGAGUGUCACUGACUAUGAUCAUGUAUGUGGAACUGACAAUGUCACCUACACACCCUGUGAGUUCUUUGCCACUAAGUGCAACCUGGAAGGCACCAAGAGAGGCCAUAGACUUCACCUGGACUACACUGGAGUCUGCAAAUUCAUAGCACCCUGUAUGACUGGCGAACUGGUCCAGUUUCCUCUGCGUAUGCGCGACUGGCUGAAGAACGUCUUGCUGCAUCUCUAUGAACAUGACUCCAUGUCCCCUGGCUUCCUCACCCCCAAGCAACGCAUCAGAGUGAGAAAGAUCCACGAGAGUGAGAGGCGCCUCCAUGCCGGCGACCACCCCAUUGAGUUGCUGGCCCAGGACUUUGAGAAGAACUACAACAUGUACAUCUAUCCCGUGCACUGGCAGUUUGCUCAGAUGGACCAGCACCCUUCUGACAGGUUCCUGUCCCACUCUGAGCUGGCCCCCCUGAGGGUCCCGUUAGUCCCCAUGGAGCAUUGUACCUCCCGCUUCUUCCAGGAGUGUGACGCAGACAAAGACAAACAUGUGUCCUUCAGGGAGUGGACCCACUGCUUUGGCAUCAAGGAUGAGGACAUGGAUGUCAACCUGCUCUUCUGAGUCCAAUCAGUACCUCAUCAAGCAACCAGCUUAAAUAAGCAUUUAACAAAAUAACCUUCAAUCAUGGCAGAACCACAUACCUUAAUUGGAGAGUCACUUGUGUUGAUUUCAACUGUAUGUUUUUGGGAUGUUCUGUAAAGUUAGCCUGGUGGAACCAGCCUGAUCUCUGUGUUCACCAUUCUAUUUAACUUCACAUAUCAGUCUGGCAUUGCUCCUUAUUGAAACUGUUUGAGCCUAUAUCUGUAACGAGAGCCAUUAUUCAAAGCUAACUUGUCAGUGAUGAAAUCACCUUUAACCAAUCAAAGGACGACCUAAUUCAAAGCACAGGAUUUUGGGGGUGGGUUUUCUGAGAGGAUGCUGAUUUGACCAGUAAUUUCUUGGCUUGUCCAAAACUCCCAUCUACAAUGGCUACUGAGAUUUUUUAUAGCAAAGUUCCACCCCUAGUCGACAUAACAAACCACAGAUAUAAGGAACAGUUCACAAAGUGAGACUUUAUAAAUGAGAAAGGAGUAUCCCGUAGCCAGAUACCAUUCGCUAUAAAUUAUUGUUCAGUUUGGCCCCUAAGACGAGGUUGCUAUCUUGUUCCUGUUACUCCUAGUACAAAAACACCAACUCAUCCAAUGGCAUAAAUCAAUUGUCAAGUCUAGACACUACCACACACUUCCCCCAAGGCCAAAGGAGGGAGUGACUGGCGCACAGACAUUGUGGAAACCAGUAAUUGGUUCCCCAUUAAUCACACCAUCCCUUCACAUGGUUUAACAGAUACAUUCACAUAUGAAGACAAUGUUCCCUCCUGUCCUGUUCCCUUUCUGAUAUUCUGCAUAGCACCAGGGACAUGUGAAAGACAAGCCUGACCUCUCCCCUCUCUGGGCCCCAGUUGUCUGAACCCCAGCUGAGGGAAGAAGUGCAACUGCCAACACCAGAGUCCAAAGGGAAACAUUCUAAUAACAAGUAAGCAUAUUAUGCAGAUAAGACAUCUUUAUUAUCUGUUACCCAGCUAAUUCUGAUUCAUCCACCACACAGUGUAGCUAUUACAGUGAAAUACUACCAUGCUAUUGUUUGAGGAGAGUGCAGAGUUAUGAACUAAAAAAUGUAAACCAAUUAGGCACAUUUGGGCAGACUUGAUACAACAUUUUGAAAUGAAAUGCAAUGGUUCUUUGGAUCAGUCUAAAACGUUGCACAUACACUGCUGCCAUCUACUGGCCAGCAUCUAAAUUGUGCCUAAACUGGAAUAAUACAUUGUGGCCUUGCUCUUGCAUUUCAAAGAUGAUGAAAAAAAAUAUGCUUUUUUCUUUGUAUUAUUUACCAGAUCUCAUGUUAUAUUCUCCUACACUAAUUUCACAUUUCCACAAACUUCAAAGUGUUUCCUUUCAAAUGGAAUCAAGAAUAUGCAUAUCCUUGCUUCAGGUCCUGAGCUACAGGCAGUUAGAUUUGGGUAUGCAAUUUUAGGUGAAAAUGUAAAAAAAUAAUAAUAAUAAAAACAUUUUAAAAAGUCUGAUCAUUAAAUCAGACCAAGGUAAAGCAAAUUUGGAUCUAUAAAUAUGUGGAUGUUCUGUGAUACUGUAUGUAGAUACUGUAUAGCUGAUAGUGGUAUUAGUAGAGUAGGUGAUUGUAUUUUUUAAACAAUUAACAAUGAUAUCAGUGUUAUGAACACAUUCCAAGAGGGGGAAAGUUUACGAGUGCUUUUUGUAGAUGACAAUAAACAAAACAAAAAUGGACUUCUAUGCAGGUGAAACAAAUCACAAAUCACUUUUUGGCCAAAAUAUUACAGUAUUUAUUUUAAACAUAAAAAAAGCUAUAGUUUUAUGCGGGUGCAUUUUUUGUAUGGAAACCAUUUAUAAUUGACUCUCACAAUAAAUUGAGCUUAGAAAUAAAUACUCUAUUCAUGUCAAAAAGAGAAAUUUUAAUGGCAGUAAAUGUAGUAGAACAUAUGAUGUUGACAGAAUUACUAAGAGUUGAAUGUUGUAACUGUUUUUUAUGUCUUGCCUGAUAUAGCUACUUCACUAACCAUUCUAAUAAAAGUCAUGUUGACCUCA